AUGGCGGACGUCCGGUCCAAGGUAUGUGUGCGAUUCUAUUCGCUUUUUCCUGUGGACAUUUUGGAGGGUUCUCUUGAUUUCUGUUGGAAUUGGUGUGCUUUUAUAUGGUUUCAUAUUUUUUUUGGGAUUAACCUCUACGAGCUUCUUGAGCCCGCUCCUCCCACGAGGGCUGUAGACAGACCUCAGCCCCGGGUUGGCAAGCGCGACGCUCCCAAGGAAGCUCCCAGCCAGCCUCGUCCCGAGAACAACAACAGCCGCCGUGGUGGACGCUUCAGCGGCAACGAAGCUGCUUUCCGUGACCGCAACGCGGGCCGCAACAACAACCGCGAGAAGCCCAUCGAGGAUGGCGCUCAGCCUCCCCGCCGUCGCGAGGGCGGCGGCGGCCGUCGUGACCGCCAGUCGCGCACCGGCCAGACUGACUCCAAGAAGCAGGUGAGCCAGGGCUGGGGCGGCCAGAGCGGCGAGAAGGAAUGGGACGACGAGCGCGCGGGCGAGAAGAUCGCUCAGAACGACGAGAACGAGCCCCAGACCCCCGCCGGUGAGGAGGAGCCCGCCGAGAAGACCAAGUCCUACGCCGACUACCUGGCUGAGAAGGCCGCCGCCGGCGACCUCAGCGCCAAGCCCGUGCGUGCCCCCAACGAGGGCUCCCAGGCCGACAAGAAGUGGGCUGCCGCCAAGGAGUUCAAGCGCAACGAAGAGGAGGAGGAGUACAUCAAGCCCGCGGGUGAGAAGGCCCAGCGCCAGAAGCACCGCAAGGAGAAGAACGUUCUCGAGGUCGACAUGCGCUUCGUCGAGCCCCCCCGCUCCGGCGGCGGCCCUGGCAACGGCCCCCGUGGCCGUGGCGGCCGUGGCGGUCGCGGUGCCCGCGGUGGUCGUGGCUCCGGUGCCCCCCGUGGCGAGCGUGGUGGCCCUGCCCCCGUCCCCGUCGACGAGAAGAACUUCCCCAGCCUGGGCGCCAAAUAA